CUCUCGCAGUAGCACACGCAGCCCGAUCCUGGGCGGUUGCUGAGAGCUGCCCACUGGGCCGCGGGGACCACGCUCCUGGUCGUGCGCAGUGGCUCUACUCGGUGCUAGGACUCUCGCACGCCCCUCGCCGCUCCGCGCCUGGCUCGCCCGCAAGGGCCGAGCGCGGGCGGGCGGGCGGGCGGGGGAGGUGAGGAGUGCGGGCGUAGGUGCAUGUGCCUGGCUCGGUGCACACCCCGCGGGGCUGCAGCGCCAGGGAACCGAGCGCUUCCCCAAACCCCGAUACCUCGCUCUGCUUCGGCGGCGGCCGCGAUCAUGUUCCAGCCUGCGGCCAAGCGGGGUUUCACCAUAGAAUCCUUGGUGGCCAAGGAUGGUGGCACCGGCGGGAGCCCUGGCAGUGGGGGCGCGGGCUCCCAUCCGCUGGCAGUGGCCGCCUCCGAGGAACCGCUCAGGCCCACCGCGCUCAACUACCCUCACCCCAGUGCGGCCGAGGCGGCCUUCGUGAGUGGCUUCCCCGCCGCUGCCGCCGCGGGCGCCGGUCGCUCGCUGUACGGAGGGCCCGAGCUUGUGUUCCCCGAGGCUAUGAACCACCCGGCACUGACCGUGCACCCAGCGCACCAGCUGGGCGCCUCCUCACUGCAACCCCCUCACUCUUUCUUUGGCGCCCAACAUCGGGACCCUCUCCACUUCUACCCCUGGGUGCUUCGGAAUCGUUUCUUCGGUCACCGCUUCCAGGCAAGCGACGUUCCCCAGGACGGGCUGCUUUUGCACGGGCCUUUCGCGCGCAAGCCCAAGCGGAUCCGCACGGCCUUCUCGCCCUCGCAGCUGCUGAGGCUGGAGCGAGCCUUCGAAAAGAAUCACUACGUGGUGGGCGCUGAGCGGAAGCAGCUGGCUGGCAGCCUCAGCCUCUCAGAGACGCAGGUGAAGGUGUGGUUCCAGAAUCGGAGAACAAAAUACAAACGGCAGAAGCUGGAGGAGGAAGGGCCUGAGUCCGAGCAGAAGAAGAAGGGUUCCCACCAUAUCAACCGGUGGCGCAUUGCCACGAAGCAGGCCAAUGGGGAGGACAUUGAUGUCACCUCUAACGACUAAGGGAACAAUCAUG